AUGGCAACUGUAUUCUCCUUCACCGGCGGCAGCAUGUUGGGGCGAUCGUCCCUCGGAGGAGGCCUGAGCUCGUUCAGCAUGGCGGGCGGAGCCGGAGGCUCUGAUGUUAGAGUCUCUCAGGCCAGCAGGAGCUUCUCUGCAGGCGGCAGCAGCUUCGGCAUCAGAGGUGGAGCAGGUGCAGGUGCAGGUGCAGGGGCAGGUUUCGGCGGCGGUGCAGGUUUCGGAGCUGGUGCAGGUUUCGGCGGUGGUGCAGGUUUCGGCGGUGGUGCAGGUUUUGGUGGUGGUGCAGGGGCAAAUGAAAGCCUCAUCGGCAACGAGAAGUUCACCAUGCGGAACCUGAACGACCGGCUGGCCACCUACCUGGCCAAGGUGGCGGCGCUGGAGAAGGCCAACGCCGAGCUGGAGCUGAAGAUCAGACAGUUCGUGGAGAGCAAGGUGGGACCGUCCACCAGAGACUACAGCGCCUUCUUCAUCACCAUCGCUGAGCUGCAGGGCAAGAUCCAGGACGCCAUCAUGACCAAAGGAUCCAUCCUGUUGAGCGUCGACAACGCCCAACUCGCUCAUGGCGACUUCAGAGUCAAGUUUGAGAACGAGCUGUCCAUGCGUCAGUCGGUGGAGGCCGACAUCGCCGGGCUGAAGAUGCUGCUCGGGGACCUGGGUGUGGCCAAGAUGGACCUGAGCAUGCAGAUUGACAGCCUGAAGGAGGAGCUGGUGUCCAUGAAGAAGAACCACGAGGAGGACCUGAUGUCAAUGCGGACUCAGAUGAGCGGCCAGGUGAGCGUGGAGGUGGACGCCGCUCCUCAGGAGGACCUGACCAAGGUCAUGGAGGAGAUCAGAGAGCACUACGAAGCCGUCGCCGCCAAGAGCCGUAAAGACCUGGAUUCGUGGUUCCAGGCCAAGUCGGAGGUUCUCAGUAAUGAGGUGGCGACCACCGAGGUAACGCUGAAGUCAACGACGUCGGAGGUGAAGGAAGUGAAGAGUCAGCUUCAGGCUCUGGAGAUCGAGCUCCAGUCGCAGCUCAGCAUGAAAGCAUCUUUUGAAACCACACUGGCCGAAAUCCAGGCUCGCUACGGCAUGCAGAUGAACGGAUACCAGAUGCAGGUGAGCAUGUUGGAGGAGCAGCUGGUGCAGCUGAAUGCCGACAUGGGGAGACAGUCCCAGGAGUACCAGGUGCUGCUGGACAUCAAGACCAGACUGGAGAUGGAGAUCGCCGAGUACAGGAGGCUGCUGGACGGAGAGGGACUCGGACCCGCCGGCCUGUCGUCUUCCAGCGUAACCACAAAGGUCAUCACAAAGGUCAUCGAGGAGACCAUCUGAGGCCGGCCGCACGUCUGACCUGGAGCGGAGUCACAUCCCAUCAGCCACCUGACGAGGAGCGGUUCUCACUUGUUUCCUGCUGAAUUUCACACCAGUCACAGAAUGAAUAUAACUUCAUUGUUUGGUUAGAGGUCAACGUCACCACCAACAGC